CUGCGGAAAGGCGGGCGCUGCGCUCCCCCACUGCGCGUGCGCCGUAGGGUCGGCGUCUGGCGUCGCCGCCCCUCCUCCCGGCGCCGUCCGGCCGUUAGCGCGGGGCCGGCGAGAUGAGCACGCGCUCCCUCUCCAAGGGCUGCUUUGUUUUUAAACCAAGUCCCAAGAAGAGAAAGGUGCCUCAAACAACAGCUGACUAUUUCAGAGAAGGAAACGGUGAUUUGGAGGACAGUGAGCUACGGUUUGCUACUUGCCAGUCAUUACGGAGACAGGUCAAAUUAGAAACAGAGCAAAUAGAGGAAGAAUUGAAUGGACAGUUAUUUGAUAACCUGGUGAGCUUUUUGAGGCGGUCUCAUUCAGCGUUUCGAGAGAAGACAACAGAAUGGACUUGUCAGAUGAAGUCCAGAGAAAUCCCUACUGCAGCUCUUGUCUUAGGUGUGAAUGUUACAGAUCAUGACUUCACCUUUAGAAGCCUGUCAGAAGUCCUUCAAAAUAAUGUUACUCCUUAUAUAGCGUUGUUGGAAGCCAAAGAUUGCCCAGGCAUAAAAAAUCUGAUGCAGAAGCUGCUGGGACAGCUGAUGAACUGCUGUAUAGAUGUGGACUCAUCGGAAGAGGAGGACUAUGAACAGGUUUCCCGUAAUAGAAUACGUUGUUCGAUGACUUCUCUUAUCAACUGGUAUGAGAGUGCAACAAAGAGAACAGAUUCUGAGACUCCGGGCAAAAAAAGAGCGUCUUCCAGACACUGGCAGUCUCCUCCAGUUGUGGUUGUCUUCAAAGACAUGGAAAGUUUCACCACAAAAGUACUUCAGGACUUUGUAGUUAUCAGCAGUCAGCAUAUUGGUGAAUUUCCUCUAGUGCUGAUUUUUGGAAUCGCUACAUCUCCAAUGAUUAUCCACAGCUUACUUCCUCACUCUGUUUCCUCUCUGCUGUGCAUAGAGCUUUUCCAGUCCCUCUCCUGUAAGGACCACCUGUCUACUAUAAUUGACAAGGUACUUCUAACAACCCAGUUUCCGCUUAAACUGAGUGAGAAAGUUCUGCAGGUUCUCAUCAACAUAUUCCUGUACCAUGAUUUUUCUGUCCAGAAUUUUAUCAAAGGAUUUCAGCUCUGUAUUGUGGAGCACUUCCAUUCCAAUCCUCUUAGUAUACUGUGUUGCCAGCUGGAAGAAGCAAAGAAGAGAGUAAGUUCUUUAUCACAUAAUCAGUGUGAAAACGUUCGAAGACUGCCCUCUUUUAGAAGGUAUGUGGAAAGUCAAGUCUCAGAGAAACAGAUUGCACUGCUGACGGCAGACAGUUCCUUAAAGGAAACAGUGCAGAAGCUGCUAGAGGACUUGAAUGUUUACCAUGAAAAUUAUUUUCCCAUUCUGAGAUGUCUUCAUGUUUUCACAUCUUCUCUUCCAAAGUACCCUUUGGGCAAGCAGAUCAGGGAGCUGCACUGUGCGUGUUUGGAAAACCGAGUGUGGGAGACAGAGGAGUAUGAGUCAUCUCUUCAGCUAGCAAGAAUGUUGAAUAAGUCUGAUUUGGUAACCAUGCUUCAAAAGUGUGUGGAAAUUCUUGUGUCAUCUCCUGGAAAGGAGUUUGAUGAGAUAGUAGAGAAGCUGAAGGAGUUCUUGACCCAGUUUCAGAAACUAGAAGCAGACGCUUACCAAGAACGAGAUGAGUCCAUGUUGCCACCAAAAGAUCUCCAGAAGAAGACAGAUCUUUAUCAUCUUCAGAAGACUUUGUUGGAGUUGAAGGAAUCGAGGCGGUCCAAGAAACUGACAAAGUUUGAAAUGCUUCGUUUUGAAGUUGUCGACUAUAUAGACAGUCUUGUAAGACGUUACCUUGUUCCUGCAGACCACAAGACUCUGCAUGAGAUUGUGUAUUUCAACACAGCCAGUGUUCUCCGGGAGCACUUGAAUGCUGCCCCGAGGAUUGCACUGCACACAGCUUUGAAUAACCCAUACUCCUACUUGAAGAGCGAAGCUUUGAAAGGUGAUGGAGGAAGCAUUUCUAACAAAGCCCCUGACAUAUGCAUUGCCUAUAAGCUUCAUUUGGAGUGUGGCAGAUUGAUUAACCUCGUUGACUGGUUAGAGCUGAACUCAUUGCGUGCCUCGGUCGCCCCUGUGCAGGAACACGCACUACCUCCAGGUCGCUGCCCCAGAUAGUUUUCCUCUGUCUACUGUGAAUCUUUCAUUUCCAGAAUUAUUACUCUGUGAUGAAAUCCUGCUUCUGUUCUAUGCUUGGUGCAGAUCAGAUGUUGCGCUUCACAAAGCUCCCUGUUCCCCCUUGAAGUAUUUUGUGACACUUUCAUGGAAAUGGGCAAGCGGUGCCAUUGAAGUGUGUGCUUUGGGGGCAGAAUGAUUACGCAAGGGAAGACCGAAGCUUCAAGCUUGAAACCGUUUCAUACCAAAACCAGAGAAUAUAAAAGGAGAAUGUGCAUAAAUUAUAAAACCGUGUUUUAUUUCCCAUGUUUCCUAAACUGGAAUGUUUCUCUGUAAUCUGGAAGUCCAACUGGAUUCCACGAGCACUGUGAGUUUUUAGCAACCACAACAUCUUGUGGGUACCUGCAGUGCAGAGAACUCUCCUUUUGCUUGUUCUGACCGUGCUUCGUUUGCUGCUGCCUUGUUUGGGCAUUUGAAGAGAACGCGGACAUCAGCUCCGUAUCAAGCCUCCUCAUGUCACUGAGUGUUAUAGAUCUCUCUACAACCAAGUUAAUUUUUCCAGAUUGUUUAAACAGUUUUCCUUUCUGUAUUAUUUUUUUCUGAGAAUGGGUCGGGAACUAGACUUUAAAAUGUAAGCAUGCGAGUUCAUGGGGUGACAUUCUUUCCUUCCGUAUUUCUGUGAUGGUAACAUGUAACCUUGCUUGCUCUUUGGAUUGCUGUGAAGAUGACAUUCUCAUGGAGCUACCAUUCCAAGAUCUCAUUCCUCCCCAGUGACAGUGAUUGGCUCAAAGCUCAUUCUUUUAAAUGAAGCUCUGUCAAAGGCGGUUACGUCUCUGCUGCUUUUCCCU